CCAAUACUCCUCCCUUACCUACAGCUGGAAAUCUCACCAUGAAGGUCCAUUCUCUCACUCUCGCCACGUUGGCGUCGACAGCAUCGCUCGUUUCAGCACUUGCACCUGGUCUCGAAAUCGCCUUGACCUUAGAACGCGCCACUCAAGGCAUCAGCAUCUCAACCGAUGGACGCAAGUUCUUGACGCAGAGGUAUUCCACGACGGAUGCGCCUCAAGCUGUGGAGCUUCUCAGCAACGGCACGACUGUUCUUUACCCUGACGCGACGUGGAACUCCUGGACCUCGAACUCCACCUUGGAUCCCAAGAAGGCCUUUGUCAGCAUCGACGGUGCUCGGAUCGGCCCUGAUGGACGAUUCUGGAUUGUCGACGGCGGUACCACCGAUAGUGAUCGUAACCUUGUCAACGGAUCUAGCAAGCUCGUUGGUGUCAACCUCGAGACCAACCUUGUCGACAAGGCGUACUACCUCGACAACCUUACGGAAACCGGUAGCGUCAUCGACGAUGUCCGAUUCAAUGGUAACUACGCCUACCUCAGCGACACAAUCGGCGCUUUGGUGGUGAUGGAUCUUACUACUGGGGAAGGUCAGCGCGUUCUCGUGGGCCACAGCUCGGCUCUGGCGUGGUUCCCCAUGGCCUACAACGGUAGUCUCGUCCCGGGUUACCAGGGUGGAACUAGCACCCUCUCCGUCGGCCUUGACCAAAUCGAGGUGUCCCCUGAUGGCGUCUACCUGUACUAUCAGCCCUGUAACGGUGGCAUGUACCGCGUCAAGACUGACUACGUCAACGGGGCCUUGACGAACAGCACUCUUGCCGCCAACCUGGGAGACUACGUCGAGCCUUUUGCGCUUACCCCUUCUACUGGAGGCACUACUAUUGAUGGAGAUGGAAACAUCUAUGUUAGCGACACCAAUCUUCUCGCUAUAUGGAAGGUCCAGCCGGAUGGGUUUUCAUCCAUUCUUGUUCAAGAUGAUGCGCUUGUCUGGACCGAUCUGAUGUGGGUCGAUGCGAACAAGACCCUUUGGCUUCCUGCCUCGCAGAUGCGGCCCGGAGCGAACGGGCUGAUGGCCGAUGGACCUCACAACAUCUUGACCUUCCCGAUCGAAGCUGGCCCGUCUUUGAUUGACCAUGCCUAAAUGGGACCUUGUAUCACUAUCAACUCUUGCGUUAUUUGUAUAUAUCUAGGCAGAUCUUGCAUAUGUAAAUAACUUAAGUUUUUAAGAAGACUUCUCGUCUUCCAUGCCGCCUCAGCCGGAAAGCCCCUGCUCUUAUGAUAUGCAUAAUCCUCUUCCGAUAAAAGCUUUCCAUAUUGCCUGCAAGACAAUGGCAAAACCCUCUUAGGCCUGAAAGUUCUCCCAACGUGAAAUGCUCUGCAUUUCAAAAUUGCAAACCCACAUCUUGUCCACACUGAUAAGAAUAACUUCGCUAUCCCAACUCACGAAGUAAACUGGUG